GCUCGCUCACUCUGCGCAGCAGACACAAGAGAGUGAGCCUCGGCGAGGAAGUGCACUUUAAGAAGACACCGAGACAAAAGAGAGACCAUUCAGAACAAUCCUGUGGACAUUUUUCAAACAGGAUCUUACAUGACAGCUGCUCUAAGGGGAACAAAUACAUCGAGAGAUUUAGAACCAUCGAUUGCCUGCUACUGGAAUUGUGCUUUUUAUUAUUAUUAAUUUUUUUUACAUCUGGAUAUUUCGACAUUUUCCCUUCGUUUUGCUGUCUUUAUCGCUCAGAUGAUGCGCUAACGCGUUUAUGCCGCUGCGGAUAUGUCCGACACGUCCAGCAGAGAGCAAACGCCGGGCCGGGGAAGCGGAGAGAGCGCCGGUGGCGCAGCCGUCUUAGGCUCCGGGCACUUUGACUUCCCUCAGCCGAGCGAUGGGGACCCGUUAAGGGGAGGGAUUGCCAUGUCGAGUAGUCACCAGUCGAGGUCACCGAUGUCCCGAACCUUCUCCAGGUCCUCUAGUGGCUAUUUUUCCGUCGACAGCGAUUCUGUGCCAAGUUCCCCGCUAAUGCCCAAUAUUUCCGAAGCGCAAGACGGCCAAAAUGAUGAGGUAUGGUUUGCCGAACCUAGCCACCAGCACGCACAGAUGGCGGCACCUGUGGGAGCCAUGGGGCCGGAGAUGGCGGUCGCUCGGGAGCUGCGGCGCAUUGGAGACGAGUUCAACCGCCUGUACUGUCAGGGGGUGAGUAAUAUUCAGGUGACACCAUAGGAUCAAGCGCAGGAGAUCGAUGAUGAUGAAAUAUUUUCACUCGCUAGAGCAACUGCUUUCUUUGUCUGUCCAAGGGAGCCGGUUUGAAUUUGCGUUUGGAAGCCGCCCCUCUCAUAUCAGAGUUUAAAUCAGGUGUUGCAGAGAGGAUCGCGCAUACGAAAGCGGCAUCGCAAGUCUCUGCAGA